UCACACUGUUAACAGAGAAUGGUGACUCGCUUCCUUCCGGUCCGCUAAGCGGAGGCCGGAAGAGUUGUUUGCAGCGUCUGUGGGAGUGGAAGGGAGUUUAUAGCGGCAGUCAGGGCAGCGAGGGGGUUCCCUGAAGCGUUCGAGUUCUCGCGGCUGAGCAGGGAUUUAACCGCCACCAUGUCGAGCAAAAGAGCAAAGACCAAGACCACCAAGAAGCGCCCCCAGCGCGCAACCUCCAACGUGUUCGCCAUGUUUGACCAGUCACAGAUUCAGGAGUUCAAGGAGGCCUUCAACAUGAUCGAUCAGAACAGAGAUGGUUUCAUCGACAAGGAAGACUUGCAUGAUAUGCUUGCCUCCCUGGGGAAAAAUCCAACUGAUGAGUAUCUGGACGCCAUGAUGAAUGAGGCUCCAGGUCCCAUAAAUUUUACCAUGUUUCUCACGAUGUUUGGUGAAAAGCUAAAUGGCACCGAUCCAGAAGAUGUCAUCAGAAACGCUUUUGCUUGCUUUGAUGAAGAAGCAACUGGCACCAUUCAGGAGGAUUACCUGCGAGAGCUGCUGACCACAAUGGGAGAUCGGUUUACAGAUGAGGAAGUGGACGAGCUGUACAGAGAAGCACCUAUUGACAAAAAGGGGAAUUUCAAUUACAUUGAGUUCACGCGCAUCCUUAAACAUGGAGCAAAAGACAAAGAUGACUGAAAAGAACUUCAAAUUCCAGCCAAACUUUCCUUGUUGCUACUUUGGGUAUUUCUGAGACUUUCUCUUAGAGCCUAUUGCAUGCCCUUAGCUUUACAGCUUUUGCCUUUCUGUUGUAUUUAUUCUCAACCAUUUGGGGCACGUGCAUCUCUAUAAUCAGACUGGAAAUGGGACUUUUUGUCAUUUUCAGAAUAGAAAAUAGGGUAGUUUAACUUACCCCUACCUUCCCCUCCCCCAAUAACUGCAGUCUACAAAGAGUCGAUAUAUUUUUUCAGAGAAAGUUAUUCACUCAAUUUUUUCUGAACCGUAAUUAAACUUUAUAAUAGAAA